GAGAUUGUAAAUAAUAUGUACGAGACCGACCCCGAUCUCCUUGCUGGYGAAAGCGCAGAGGAGGAAACUGAGGACAGUAUAAUGUCCCCCAUCCCUGUGGGACCUCCGUCACCCUUCCCCACCAGUGAGGACUUCACUCCCAAGGAGGGCUCACCCUAUGAAGCUCCCGUCUACAUUCCUGAUGACAUUCCAAUCCCACCAGAUUUUGAACUCAGAGAAUCUUCGAUCCCAGGGGCAGGGCUAGGGAUUUGGGCCAAAAAGAAGAUUGAAGUUGGGGAAAGAUUUGGACCCUAUGUGGCAGUGCAGAGGAGCGCGUUAAAGGAAGCGAGCUUUGGAUGGGAGCAAAUACUGACUGAUCCCGAGGUGACCUCGCAGGAGGGCAGCAUCAAAAAGAUCCCCGAUGCUCUGGGCACUGAGAAGUUCUGCGGUGACGGCGGCCAGGGCGGGGCUGGGAACUGGCUGAAGUACAUCCGAGUGUCCUGCUCCUGCGACGAGCAGAACCUGGCUGUGUGCCACGUCAACGAGCAGAUCUAUUAUAAAGUUAUUAAAGAGAUUGAGCCUGGAGAAGAGCUCUUGGUGUGUCUGAAGGAAGGUGGCUAUUCCCUGGGGAACAUGGCACCCAGCAUGGAAGAGGAGCCYUCAUUCCGUUGUGAGGACUGCGAUGAGCUCUUCCCGUCCAAGCUGGACCUGCGGCGCCACAAGAAAUACGGAUGCGGGGCUGUGGGGGCUCUGUAUGAGAGCCUGAGCGAGGAGAUCAAGCAGGAGGGGCUGGGAGAUGGACAGGGCUACGAGUGCAAGGACUGCGAGAGGAUGUUCCCCAAUAAAUACAGCCUGGAGCAGCACAUGGUGAUCCACACCGAGGAGAGGGARUACAAGUGUGACCAGUGCCCCAAGGCUUUCAACUGGAAAUCCAACCUGAUCCGUCACCAGAUGUCUCACGACAGCGGGAAACGGUUUGAAUGUGAAAACUGUGUUAAGGUGUUUACGGACCCCAGCAACCUCCAGCGGCACAUCCGCUCUCAGCACGUUGGGGCGCGGGCCCACGCGUGCCCCGACUGUGGCAAAACCUUCGCCACCUCCUCGGGCCUCAAGCAGCACAAGCACAUCCACAGCACUGUCAAACCUUUCAUAUGUGAGGUCUGUCACAAAUCCUACACGCAGUUCUCCAACCUGUGCCGCCACAAGCGGAUGCACGCCGACUGCCGCACCCAGAUCAAGUGCAAGGACUGCGGGCAGAUGUUCAGCACUACCUCCUCCCUCAACAAGCACCGGCGCUUCUGCGAGGGCAAAAACCAUUACAGCCCCGCCGGCAUCUUCGCCCCCGGCCUCCCCCUCACGCCCACCUCCAUGAUGGACAAAUCCAAACCUUCUCCCAACCUCAACCACGCCGGYUUGGGGUUUAACGAGUAUUUCCCGUCGCGCCCGCACCCGGCCGGGAUCCCGUUCUCGCCGGCCCCRCCGGCCUUCCCCGCCCUCACCCCAGGAUUCCCGGGGAUUUUUCCACCUUCCUUGUACCCCAGGCCACCCUUGUUACCGCCCACGCAACUGCUCAAAAGUCCCCUCAACCACACUCCGGACGCGAAGCUCCCCAGCCCCCUGGGGAACCCGGCGCUCCCGCUGAUCUCGGCGGUGAGCAACAGCAACCAGGCCCCUUCGGGGGAGGAGAAAUGUGAAAGCAGCCUGGAGAACUCCUACCUGGAGAAGCUAAAAGCCAGGAACAGCGACAUGUCCGAUGGCAGUGACUUUGAGGACAUCAACACGACCACGGGCACAGAUCUGGACACCACGACCGGCACCGGCUCCGACCUGGACAGCGACGCGGAGAGCGACAGGGACAAAACGAAAGAUAAAAGCAAACAGACGGAGGCCAAGGCGGAUUUCGUCAGCAGCUCGGUGUCGGCGAGUUCCACCAAUGCCACGAGCGAGAUCCCUCUCUUCUAUUCUCAGCAUUCCUUCUUCCCUCCCCCCGAGGAGCACUUGCUGCCCACCACGGGGGCAGCCAAUGACUCCAUUAAGGCCAUCGCCUCCAUCGCAGAGAAGUAUUUUGGGCCUGGCUUUAUGGGGAUGCAGGAGAAAAAGAUGGGUUCGCUCCCGUAUCAUUCCAUGUUCCCCUUCCAGUUCCUCCCCAAUUUCCCCCAUUCCCUCUACCCUUUCACGGAGCGGACCCUCAAUCACAACUUGCUGGUCAAGGCAGAACCAAAGUCACCCCAGGACCUCCACAAAGUCGGCGGCACCAGCUCGGAGUCCCCCUUCGAUCUCACCACGAAGCCAAAAGAGAUUAAGCCAAUYCUGCCGCCCCCCAAGGUCCUCCCAGCCCCCUCCUCGGGGGAGGAGCAGCCACUGGAUCUGAGCAUUGGCAACCGCAUCCGAGCCAGCCAGAACGGAGGGAGAGAGCCACGGAAAAACCACAUUUAUGGGGAGAGGAAGCUGAUGGCAAGUGAGGUCUUACCUAAGAUUUCCCAGUCCCAGCUGCCUCAGCAGCCCUCCCUGCACUACGCUAAGCCAUCGCCCUUUUUCAUGGACCCCAUCUACAGCAGGGUGGAGAAGCGGAAGGUGACGGACCCCGUGGGUGCCCUCAAGGAGAAGUACCUGCGACCCUCCCCGCUGCUCUUUCACCCCCAGAUGUCAGCCAUCGAGACGAUGACGGAGAAACUGGAGAGCUUUGCAGCCAUGAAGGCCGACUCCACCUCGUCCCUGCAGCCCCUUCCCCACCACCCUUUCAACUUCAGAUCACCGCCGCCCACGCUCUCCGACCCCAUCCUGCGCAAGGGCAAGGAGCGCUACACCUGCAGGUACUGCGGCAAGAUCUUCCCACGCUCAGCCAACCUGACGAGGCACCUGCGGACCCACACUGGAGAGCAGCCUUACAGGUUGAGCCAGCACUCCGGAGUCAUCACCAACCACCUCGGGACCAGCGCCUCCUCCCCCAACUCGGAAUCAGACAACCAUGCACUUUUAGAUGAAAAAGAGGAUUCCUACUUUUCCGAAAUCAGAAAUUUUAUUGCAAAUAGCGAGAUGAACCAAGCGUCGGCUUUAGCAGAUAAAAGGCCAGAAAUCCAAGACAUYGACGGCAAUUCCCAGUGCCACGGAUUAGCGAACGAGAAAACAGAAGACGUGGACGACGAGGACGAAGAACUGGAAGAGGAAGACGACGACAGCCUGACGGGGAAAUCACAGGACGAGACGGCGUCGCCCACAGCGGAGCCACGGGGAGCGUUCGAGGACGAGGAGGACGAGGAGCCCACGGCUCUCACCAUGAGCUUUGAUCACAGCCGAAGGUGUAUUGAGGAGGAAGAAGCCGGCCUGUUAGAUUUGGAGCAGAUGCCGAAUUUUGGGAAGGGGCUGGAUCUCCGCAAAGCGGCCGAGGAAGCAUUUGAAGUUAAAGAUGUGUUUAAUUCCACCUUAGACUCUGAGACAAUAAAACAGACUCUGUACAGGCAGGCUAAAAACCAGGCUUAUGCAAUGAUGCUGUCCCUGUCUGAGAACGCUCCCCUCCACACGUCCUCCCAGAACUCUCUGGGGGCCUGGUUGGACAUGGCAGGAGCAGCUUCAGAGUCGGGGACCUUUAACCCCAUCAACCACCUCUGAGAGGUCCACAAGGCACUGGCCGGAGCCCAGGCGAGGCAGCCGUGGUGCUGCAGCCAUCCCAGCAAAAUCCCAGCGAGCAGAAGAUGGAUGAGAGGGCCUCAGGGAGUCGUCUGGACUUUGGGCUGAGAAGGAAACCUGUCACAUCUGACCCACACGCCCUGCAUUUUUUUAUCUCUCCAGAGUUUUCCUGUCUAAUUUAUCAGAGYGAACCUCUCCCCAGAUGGAUAGCCCUGAAGCAGCCCCAGGAUUUCACAGCCUGUAGGAAAUAGCAUGAGCAAGACACGAAUUGCAGCAGUGCAAUCAAAGAUUGGCCCCUCCAAACCUUCACUGAGCCAGGAGCAGCAGGAGCAGCAUUUUGGAACCCCACAGCAGCAUUUCCUGCCCACCCAGCUGAGUGGUGAAAGCACCAAGGGAAGAGAGCCAGGUGUGACCUGUCUGUCCCUGGUGCAAUUCUGACACAGCCGCUGGAGUUAGACCAGGGAAGGGCGAAUCCACCAUGUUCAGCUGACCCCUGGAAGGAUUGGGAAUUCUGCACUGCCACAGGAACACCGUCCUGUCCUUUUUUCCCAAAAACACCCUGGUGUGGCUCAAAACUCCUCCAACGAGACGAGGCCACGUUGCCUGCAGUUAUCACACACCAGCUGAGACAUCUCCAGCCUGGAAUGGUGUCCAGGUUGGGGUGACAGAUGUGUCACACGGAUCAUCACCUGAGUGCCCUGAGUGCCUUCCACCUGUGCCAGGCUGGGAGAGCUCCCCAUCCCUGCUGGUGCCUGUGAGCCCGAGCUGGGAGUGUCUGGGACAAUCCUGGAAAUGCCUGGAUUUCCCCAGGCAAAGGUCACRGGGUAAAGCCUUUCCCAGCUGUGCACAAGGAAAUGUGUGCUGGGCAAGCCUGGCCU